AUGAGCGACGUGAGUGACGACAGAAACCCGUCCAAAUCCGACUUCGACAAACUUCUCUUUUCACGUCGACACAAUCUUCUUGAAGCCGUAGUGCGGACUUUAGUGACUCAGCAACGACAAAACCGGAGUGUCGAGUAUGCGCGAUUGAUUAGUGAUUACUUUAAAGUCCAUGGGAGGUUUAUGGAGUUAUUAAUGUGGGCGAUUGAUAUAGACUUCUUGACGACGGACACACUUACCAUAGAUUCCUCAUCCUUCCAGCACUCGACGUUUUUCAUUCCGUUUUACAAUCAAUUUGUCCAUUACCAUUUCAAGAAUUAUUUGUUGGACAUCUUUGAGCCGAUUAUCUUUGGAUUGUCGUCUGGUGGGGAUUACUCGGAGGAGUUUAAAAUAGCGAUGAACUUCCAGUCGAAGGAAAUAACCACAGCGGAAGACAUAGCGAGUUAUCAAGCGUCCUUAGACAAGAUCGCACAGAUCUUUUGUGCAUUGAAUGAGGACUUUAUUAAGAACGCGGAGUAUUUGCCGGACUUUGUGCGGAUGUUCUUCACGAAAUUUUUUAAGAUCAUGCGGGAAGGGGAAGUUGAGACGGUGGUGAUUGAAAAGAUCUUUAAUGAGCUUUUUUUCACAUAUACGAUCUGUCAGAAUGUCAACGACCCGUUCAUGUUAAUGUUUGAUGAUGAUCGCCGACCGCAAUUAGUCCCUGUGUUAUAUAAGCUUGAAUUUGUCUCAUUAAUCAUUCAGAACAUUUAUACUAACACUUCGAUGUGCGAAGGGUUUCUCAUCGACUUACAACAAACGAUUAAGAAGAUGAAUGGCAAUUGUGUGGGAGAGAAGAUGUUCAAAUACGUUGACGCGCAUCCCGUGGAAUAUAAAGAAGAGCCGGAGAGUGAAGAAGAGAUGAAUAAAGCCUUUGAGAAGUUACUUGAUGCCAUCAAAAAUAACAUCCAAGGAAUAUUAGACCUCUUGCCGGGGAACUUGUCGAAUCAACUCCUUGACGCUAUCAAGUUGGAGAAGUACGUCUAUGAUGAUUAUCAAAUCUAUCACGCUACACUGGACACUAUCAAUACAUUCACACAAGCUUACAACGCUAAAAUCAAUAAACUCGACGCGGAAAAUAUGGCUUUGAAAGGAGAAUAUGACAGACUCUUCAAAGAGCAACAAGAAUUAAUUCAACAACUGGACACGUUAGAACGUAAAUUGGGACCUGAUGAACUCGAAAAGCUCAGCUCGUGUAUCGACGACGAGUUGAUGUUAUCCGACGAUUACCCAACACGAGAAACUGAAAGAAAUGGAUCUAUCGGUUCAAGAGACUCUCUUCCUUCUUCCAAAAAGAGUGGAAUGCGCCCCAUCGGCGUGUUCCAAGACACUUCGCCUUCUUUAACUCCAAAGAUGUCCUCCUCACAGAAAAACUCUCCAAAGCAAAGUAAGUUGUUCUCAAAGUUUCAUAAGGGCGACAAAGACAAAAAGGAAAAGGAAAAAGAAAAGGACGAAAAGAAGAAGGAAAAAGACGAGAAGAAAAAGGAAAAAAAGGAAAAGAAAAAAUGA